UUGCUCUAGCACACUUUCACGCUGGGCAUUAUUGCCGCCGCCGCCACAGGCGCUCUAGCACGCGUCUGAAGGAUUCAAAGCCGAACCCCGCGGACGGCCCGUAUUGUGCUGCCUCUGCCUCUGACAUACGCCGCCCACUAAGCGGAUCCCCCCGGCCGAAUUCAGCUCAGCUUGUUGCUUGCUUUCCCCGUCCCACCCUUCCCUAGCUCGUGCCAGCGGCGCGUCGCUCAGGGAGCCUCAUCGCCCCAUCGGGCGCGCGUGCGCCGCCCGUGCGCUGAGGGCGGGCGGUUGUGCGGGGUAGUAUUGCCCAGAAGUGCGGGGUAGUGCGCGGUAGUACGGGGACGAAGAUGGGGAAGAAGGGGAAGGGUAAGCCGGGGAAGGGGAAGGAGAAGACGGAGCGGAAGACGGCGAAGGCGGAGGCGAAGAAGCAGCGGCGCGAGGAGAAGCAGGUGGACGAGGAGGACGACGUGGACGCCAUCCUGGCGAAGAUAGCAGCAGAGGAGGCGAAGAAGAAGGAGGUGCAUGUGGACGAGGGCGUGCCGCCGCCCUCCCCGCGCUGCAACGCCACGAUGGUGGUGAACCCUCUCAAGGACACGGAGCUCGUCAUCUUCGGGGGGGAGUUCUACAACGGGGAUAAGACGCAUGUGUACGGCGACCUGUACCGCUUCAACGCGGACAAGGCCACGUGGCGCCUGGUCAGCAGCCCCAACAGCCCGCCGCCUCGCAGCGGGCACCACGCCGUGGCGUGGAAGAACUUUGUGUUCGUCUUCGGUGGCGAGUUCACGUCCCCCAACCAGGAGAGGUUUCAUCACUUCAAGGACCUGUGGCGCCUGGAUCUGAGCACCAACCAGUGGGAGCAGCUGUCCCUCAAGGGCGCCCCCUCCCCGCGCUCCGGCCACCGCAUGGUUUUGUACAAGCAGCGAAUACUGCUCUUUGGAGGCUUUUAUGACAACCUAAGGGAUGUGCGCUACUUCAACGACCUCCACGUGCUCGACCUCACCGACAUGAAGUGGGCGGAGGUGAAGCCCAAGCCGGGAGCAGCAUGGCCGUCUCCCCGCAGUGCCUUCCAGUUCGCCGCCCACCAGGAUGAGGUCUUCCUGUACGGCGGCUACUUCAAGGACCAUGCCAAGGACGCGGACGGCAGGGACAGGGGCGUGGUGCUGUCGGACCUCUGGCUGCUCGACCCGCGCUCCUUCGAGUGGAACAAGGUGAAGCGGCUUGGUUCCCCCCCGAGUGCGCGGGCGGGCUUCUCUUUGGCGGUGCACCGCAGCCGAGCCAUCCUCGUCGGGGGCGUCGUGGACACAGAGGAGAAAGGUGGCGAUGUGCUGCGCAGCAUCUUCUUGGACGACAUGUUUGCCUUUCAGAUGGACGCCAGGCGCUGGUUCCCGCUGCUGCUGCGCUCACAGCAGCAGGCCAAGGCCGCAGGCAGGAAGGCGGAGCUGACUGCAGGCGGUGAAGUGACCAGGGGGGCGAAGAGCACCGCACUGGCAGAUGGGGAAGAUGAGGAGGAGAGUGACGAGGAGACGGAGGGGAGGAAGAGCAUGCAGCCAGGCAACGAGGCGGAUAGUGAGGAGGAGGAGGAGGAGGAGGUGAGUGGGAGGAAGAAGCAGAGAUUGAAGCGCAAGGAGAGGAAGGGGGCCAAGUCUAGAGCAGCAGCAGCUGCAGCAGCAGCGGGGGUGGGGAUGGAAUGGGAGGGUGGCGAGGAGGAGUGGGGGGAGGGGGAGGAUGAGGUGCGGGAUGGCAGUGGUGGGGGGGGAAGAGGCGAGCAGGAGAGGGAGGGCGAGGAUGCGGAGGGCAGUUCUGGGGGAGAUGCAAUGCUGGGAUUGGAGCGAGGGGCGGGCGGCAGUGAGUGCGAGGCGGGUGCGAGCGAUGCGAGCAGGCAGGGGGCGGUGGAGGAAGGUGGGAGGGGCGGAGUGGAUGGGCAGGCGGCAGCGGGGAGCGGAAGGGACGAGGGCGCUGGCGAGGUGGAGGGCGGCGUGCAGAGGAUGAGGCUGGAGAGCGGCGAGCUGGAGGGGGGCGAGGGCGAGGGCAGGCGGGAGAAGGCAGGGGGCAGCGAGGCACGGGGCGGGGAUGUGGCAGGGGGAAUCAGCGAGGCAGCAGGGGAAGGGGGCGGCAAGGAGGAGGGCGGGAAGGGGGAGCGCGUGGAGGGGCCGUGUGGGCGCAUGAACGCGGGGCUGGCGGUGGGCGGCAACACGCUGUACCUGUGGGGGGGGGUGCGGGAGGUGGGCGACCGGGAAGUCACUCUGGACGACCUCUUCUCCCUCAACCUCUCAAAGCUCGACACGUGGACCUGCAUCCACAAGGGGUCUGAGAGCACGUGGGUGGAGGAGGAGGAGGAGGAGGACGAUGAGAGUGGUGAGGAGGGCAGUGGGGGGGAGGACGACGAAGAUGAGGAUGAGGAUGAGAAUGAGUCGAGCGACGAUGACGCUUCAGCAAAGGGCACGGGCAGCGCCCCCACGGCCUCGGAGCUGGCAGCGGCGGUCCUCAGGGGCGAGGGCCCUGCGGGCGGCAAGCGCCAGCUGUCACGCAAGGAGAGGCGGGCGGAGAUUGACCGGAUCCGAGCGGAUCUGGGGCUAGCAGACACCGAGAGGACGCCAGCUCCCGGCGAGUCGCUGAGAGACUUCUUUGCUCGCACGGGCGAUCACUGGCAGCGUGAGGCCUACCAGCACACACAGCGCACUGGCAAGGAGCUGCGAAAGGAUGGCUUUGACCUCUGCGAGGCGCGCUACCGCGACCUGCUGCCCGUGCUUACUGAGCUGGAGAAGCUUGAGGCUGAGCAGAAAGCUGAGGAGGAGGCAGAAGCAGCUGUCAACAAGGGCAAGGGGAAGAAGGACAAGGGCAGGCCAGCGUCACGUAGAUAGCAUGCCUAGCAUGAGGCAUUGCAUCGAUACAUCACAGCUAGACAAAUACCAUCCAUUAAAAUCCAACAGCAAAUGCUGAUUUGCGAAAAGGAGGGUUAACGCCAAAAAUGCCACGCCUCAUCUCAUCUCAACGAGAACAUGGUUCCAGGGAAUGCGAGGGCAGCCGAUAACCCAACAUGCGUACCACGCCAAACAUAUAUUGUUAUGUUUGUAUAGACUGUAUAGGUUUGUGUCAUA